AUGUCAAUCGCACAUCUUCCCCCAGAUACUGCGAGGGCAGUUAGGUCAACCUCCGCUAUUUCUGACCCAUGCUCUCUUGUUAAAGAGCUUAUCGAUAACAGCCUUGACGCUGGGGCCACCUAUAUCUCAGUCGAAGUGUCUGCUAAUACCCUUGAUACCAUUCAUGUCAAAGACAAUGGCGUCGGCAUCCAUCCGAAUGAUCGUCAUCUGGUUUGCAAACGCAGCUGUACCAGCAAACUUCAGACUAUUGAUGACUUAAAAAAUAUCGGCGGAAGCACUUUGGGUUUCCGGGGAGAGGCCCUCGCGAGUGCUGCUGAGAUGUGUGGUAGCAUCGCAAUAACAACAAAGGUAGCUGGAGAAAUGGUCGGGGAAACUUUGAAAUAUGAUCGCACCGGGCUACUGGUCAGUUGUACCAAAGCAGCUCAUCCGACAGGGACCGCUGUUCGAAUUUCCGAGUUCUUGAAGUUGGUCCCUGUUCGGAAACAGAUAGCUUUAAAGAGUGCUCCCAAAACACUCAAUCAAAUGAAGAAAGUUUUGAACGCAUAUGUGCUUUCCCGCCCUGAAAUUCGACUCUCUUUCAAAAUCUUAAAGACUAAAAGUGACUCCAGUUGGGUUUACGCGUCGACGGAAAAUGCAACAGUUUCCACUGCAAUGUUGAGAGUUGUCGGUGCCGAAGCCACUUCUCAAUGCACCACAAUAACAUGGCCUCAAAUCCAGGGUGGUGAUGAUGAUUUCUUGCCGGAAUCCUUAGACAUAAAUGAAAGUAAUCCUUCAGCGAUCCGGAUUGUUGCUACAAUCCCGAAGCCUGGUUCCGACCUCUCGAAAAUCAAUCAUGCCGGUCAGUAUGUUUCCAUUGACGGGCGGCCUAUGUCAAUAUCCAAUGGCGUUGGGAAGGAGCUUGUUAAGCUAUUCAAAUCUUAUCUUCGUUCUGGAUCACAUUGCGUUGGCAGCCAAACAUCACUAGUGAACCCAUUCCUUUUCAUGCAUCUGCAUUGCCAACCCGGCAGUUAUGAUGUCAACGUGGAGCCAUCUAAAAAUGAUGUCGUUUUUGAAGACUCGAAACUGGCUAUGUCCACGGCGGAAAAUCUGUUCAAAACCGUAUAUGGUGAAAUCGAGUCGAAACAUACUCAUCAGAACAAUCGCCAGCUCGAAGACCAGGGGUUAUCUCCGCAGGUGAUACGCUCGCCUCGCAGUCGGUCGGCCAGUAGCCGACGUACCCACGAAGCCAAAGAUCCGCCAUUAUUUCUCCAUAUUCCAAGCCAUGCAGUAAAACAUUGCCAUUCCAUAGGUAACGCCCUUGUUAGCUCAACACAAGGGAAGAAAGACAAUGUGUCAGUAGCAAGUUCCGCCGACACCACCUCCUGUCCACAGCUAGCCGAAAAUAAUCCGACCCUUUCCGAUAGUUCUCGAUUGACCAACCCAUGGAUGCUUGCUAAAAGGCAAUAUGUAACACCCCCGAAGAAAAACGCGCAGUCUCGCAACUUUAACUCUCAUCUCCUCACCCCUGCGUACGAGGAUGAGAGUUUCCGUUCUGAUAGCACAAUGGUAGAGAAUUGUACGACUAAUUCUCUGCCUGCGAGCCCCGCAAACCUGACACCUAUCCCUAUGCAAACACCCGAAACGCGGUUGGCGAAAGCCGGCCACAAUAUAUCUCCGACAGGUGUUAGCAAGUCACAAAUGAACGCACUGAGCAGUCUCUCCGAACCCUCAGUUAGCCAUGGAGGAACUCAGAGGGUGUUAGGGGGCUCGGGCAGCUUGGACGUCUGGAUAAGAAACCGCCGAGAUGCUGCUAAUCAUCCUGCUGACGAAGGCCAAGAUAUUGGGAUACCGCGGGAUAGGGAAGAUUGUGAAAAUCGGCUUCCAGAGAUAGCUAUUGCGAGACGCUUUGGUAAAGAGGGAAAUGGCGUUUCCACUGGGCGUAGUCAUGCAUAUUCUCCAGCAGGGCUUUCGCCGCGUGCAUUGCUCAGUUCCCCAGGUAUCCAUCGGAACUCUACUCUCUCCAACACAAGGGGCUACCGCCCACCAUCGAUUUCAUUCGAAGUAGAUGAUGAUCAAAAUUACCGAAUACGUGAGUCAACUGACAACCAAAAUUCUACGGCAGAGGAAGUGAUAGGCGAGGCAUUGGACUUCGAAUACCGGAAGAAAGCCGCCACGCGGCUCUAUAGGCAACUGCAGCAGCAGCAAGAGCAGCACCAAAUGCCUGCUCAGCCGAUGUUACUCUCAUGGGCGGGAGCCAAUCAUGUUAAGACAUCACAGAGCUCUCCGCAUCAAAAUCGAUACAGCAAAGCCAAAGCUGAUCUAGUCAGUCAUUCGCCUAGGCCCAAAUUACUCAGUCAUGAGAUGGCGUUCUUGGUGCCCGAAAUGGAUUCGGAAGAUCCAAGGGAAUAUUUUAGGCGUCAUAAAGAUGAUUUGUCUCACCACGCAUCUACACACAUAGGGGUUAAGAAUAAACGUAUACUAACAAAUCAGCUACCAUUGGAAGUGAUACCAAAUGCGUUUGCACUUCAUGGACUCGCGCUCAACUGGUCGAGGAAAGACGAUGUAGCGUCGAUACCAGGUAAUGAAUUGUUUAAAGCGGAUGAAUACAUUCGAAAAGGCAUUGUGCCUCCGUCCCCUGCGUUUCUCGAGGUGCAACCGACAGAUAUCAGCCUCUGGACUACCCGAUUAUCAACCCUGACCCAAAAGCAAUAUCGAUCCGAACAUGUGGGCGGAGAAGUGGGAACCAAACUCGUUUUUGAUACAGUUCCGAUGUCACAUGCGAGCGCUCCGUAG